CAGGUUAGAGGAAGUAUUUUGGGAGCCAUCUAUAUUAGGGUUCCCCAGCGUGUACACUCCUUUGAAUUAUCUAGGACACAUUCUCUGUCCCCACACCCCAACAGUCUCCUUUGGUUUGUGGUUUGUCAGAGAAUUAAACCCAGUUAUCACGACUUUUUUUGUUUUGUUUUUUCAAGGGUUUCUCUGUGUAGUUCUGGCUAUCCUGGACUUGAUUUAUAGACCAGGCUGGCCUUGAACUCAUAGAGAUCCACCUGCCUCUGCUUCCCAAGUCAUGGAAUUAAAGGCAUGAGCCACCUGGCCCAGCCAUUUUUGUUUAGUUUUGUUCUAGACAAGAUCUCACCUACAGCUUAGGCUGGCUUUACACUCUCAUAUACCAGGAUUAUAGGCAUAAGCCUCAAUGCCUUACUUGAUAGUUUUUGUAAAAGCAGUUCUAAUGCAUGGUCAGAAUGGAGAAGCAUUUCCUAGAUCAGAGGUUUCACCUUGGAAGAAGACUGUAAUCAUUUGCUGUUUUCAUUUGUGGCUUCUUUGAGACAGGGUCUUAUGCUGUAGCAAGGCUCAUCCUGAACCCUGGCAAUUCUCUCACAACUGGAGAUUACAGGCAUGGGGUAGUAUUUCUGGCUUCUGGCUUUUGCAGUACUAGGAACUGAGUUUAGUACCCCAUGAGUGUUGUACCACCAAACCACACCCUCCAGCCUCCCCCGCCCCUUUAAGACAGAGUCGUAGUAUGUAUCCCUGGCUGGCAUGUAACUCACAAAGAUCCGCCUGCCUCCUGAAUGCUGGAAUUAAGGUGUGUAGUAGUACCUUGUCUAGCUGCCAGCCCCCUUCUUCUCUCCUCGUCCUCCUCCUCCUCGUCUUGUUUUUUGUUUUUAGAGUCAGGGCUUCUCUGUGUAACAGAGCCCUGACUGUCCUAGACUUGCUUUGUAGAAAAGGCUGUAACUCACAGAGAUCCCCCUGCCUCUACAUUAAAGGCGUGUGCCACCACCACAGCCCUCUUUUUAUUUACCAUUUGGGACAGAGUUUAAGUUGCUCAUGCUGGCCUUAAGCGCUUCUACCUCAACUUCUCAGUUAGCUGGCUUCCAGGCCUGAUCCAUCAGGCCUGACUAUAAUGUCCUCAAGAACUUAAAAAUACUGAUGCAUAGGUGUGCCCUGGGAUUCUGUUGGUUGACCUAAGAUGGAGUAGUGCCCUAGCAUUAUUCAGAGCCUCCUAGAGUCUGUGCCAACCACCAGUGACCUGGACCAAACGUCAUUUUUCAGAGGCCAAGAGAUAAGAACAUUAUUUAUUUAUUUAAAAUAUUUAUGUAUUUACUAUGUAGACAGUUGUGAGCCACCAUGUGCUUGGUGGGAAUUGAACUCAUGAUCUCUGGAAGAACAGCCAGUGCUCUUCACCUCUGAGCCAUCUCUCCAGCCCCCAUUUUUUAUUUAAUGUAUUUUUGGAGAGAGGGCCUCAUUAUGUAGCCCCAGCUGUUCUGGAACUAGCUCUGUAGACUAUCUCUGAGUUUGGCCUCAAACUCAGAGAUCUCCCUGCCUCUGCCUCCAAACUGCUGGGAUUAAAGGAGUGUGCCACCAUAUGUGGCUCCAGCAAAUGAUUUAAAACCAGCAACAAUAACAAAAACAAAACAAAACAAAACAAAAAAACAGGGUCACUUGUACCCCAGUUUGCCUUCAUACUUGCUAUAAAAUGGAGAAUGACCUUAGACUCUGAUCCUCCUGCUUCUCCUACCCGAGUGCUGGGAUUGCAGGCAUGCCCCAAUGCUUGGUUUAUGCGGUAGCAAAUGUUUGAAUAGCCUGGCUUACACUGCAAGACACAAAAGCUGAGCUCAUUCAUUUGUAUCUCUGAUUACUAGUGUCCACAGAGAUAAUCUGAUCUCACCCUUGAAACUCCUGGUUAGGUAGGGGCAGUGCCCCCCCCUGCCCAUUUUGCAGCUGGAGAUAUUGAGGAACAAAACAGUCUGAGUGGAGCCAGGUGUGGUGGCACAUACCUAUAUUCCCAACCCCUUGAAAGCUGAGACAGGAAGAUCAAGGGUUUGAGGCCAGCCAUACAAAAGCAAAACCAGGCUGGGCAUGGUGGUACAUGACUUCAACUCCAGCAAGCAGGAGACAGGCCUGGAACAGGAAGUAGACCGUGGGAUGGUUCAGACCAGCCACGGUUACUUAGUUUGGUCCUGUCUCAACAAACAAACAAAAAAAACAAUACCACAACAAAAAAAGCAAAACAAAACACAAACAAGUAGAAUGUAGUUCUGAGGCAGCACUCAUGCCUUGCAUUCCCAAAGCCCCAGGUUCUAGCCCCAGCACCAGAAAGAAAAAAAAAUAAAAUAAAAAAAAAAUGAAAACACCUGUCUUGGUGGGUCUUGACCAAGAUAAUGACAAAAGCCCGGAACAUCCUGCUCCUGCUCCCAGGGCCCAUUUAAUUCCCUCCCAUUGUGACAUGUAUGUUCUAUAAUGGACAGGUUAGUAUUGUGAGGUAGCGUCUGGGUGUAACAGGGGCUGUGAGGUGACACUGUAGAAAACUGUAGAGUAGGGCAAGAGGAAUAGGGCUAUUCCCUCAUGAACAGCGACUUUGGGGCAGCCAUGUCCUACUUCAUGUCUCCACAGACUCAUCUGGGUCUUCUGCCUUCCGGCCAAGGUGGGGCUGCUUCUUCAGGUUCGUCUCUUGGCCUCUAUAGUCCUGCAGAGCCAGUGGUGGUGUCAUCUGGUGGAUUAGGCCCACUGAGCCAGAAAGCUGAGCAGGUGGCACCUGCUGCCCAGGCCUGGGGCCCCACCUUGGCAGUGCCUGAAGCCAGGGGCUGCUCUGGGGGAGUUAGCUGGGAGACAACUCGGAGGAAGGAACACAGCCGAUACUGUCCCAGAUUGCCCCCCAUGAGGCAGCUGGAGAACAUGGGCUGGGCAGACCCCUGCUCCCGGAGCAGACCUCCCUACCUGGCUGGCCCUGGCAGGCCCCGGCCACUGCUGCUGUGUGGGCUGUCACCUGGGGUUCUGCCGAUAUCCUCUGAGGCAGGGGGGAAGGAGGCCGGCUCCCAGCCUGACAUCUGCAUCCUUACCCUGGCCAUGAUGAUCGCUGGCAUCCCCACCGUGCCUGUGCCAGGCCUGCAGGAAGAGGACCUGAUCCGGGCAGCUCAAGCUUUCAUGAUGGCCCACCCAGAGCCAGAGGGAGCUGUGGAGGGGUGGCAGUGGGAGCAGGCGCACGCCUACGAGGCUCCUGGGCAGAUGCCGUUAGUGAGAUCCAGGAGGGGCUCCUGCUUGUAG